UGGUCUUUGGCGCUGUACCCCCAGUUUGUGAUUAUUGCAGCGGCCAUCGGUACUCCACGUCGAUGAUAUUUACAGCAGACCACAAUCUCAAGCUGGCACAACCAAGUGCCAUCAUCAGUUGGCGCCACAAGACCAGCAAAGGGCAAAGACCCGCUGGCAGGACCGUGGUGCCAAGCCAAGUAGUUGCCAUAUCUUGACAAUCCCUCACAACAACAGAGAUUGCAAAGUUCUGUUUGGAAUCUGAACCAUCACAUUCGAUCAUCGCGGUCCCCUUCCAUCGCCCUUCAUUGUGAAGCACUGAGGGCAACAUUUGCACUCUACUCCCAGUGGAAGCAUCAUCAGCAGUGGUGACCCACAUCCUUGGCUAGCCCAAUUGUGCCUGAUAUUUUAUCACCCCGCCCUCAGCACGCUCCAUGUUCAUUCGUUCACGAAUGGAAUGCAACUUCCUGUAACUGAUCCCCCGCUGCCGCAACGACUGUUUCCUGAUAUGACACUGGCCAGGGGGAUAAUGAACGGCUGACCGCCCAAUCUGCCACAUGGAACUUGUAAGGCUGGCCGGCGCCUUUCAUUUCAAGGCCUGCCAUCCUCGUUUCCCCAGAGCUUCAGCUGAAACUUUUUGUGUCUAGAUAUCCUUAAUAUCACUGCGACAGCCAUUAACACCUUGAAAAGUCAUAAGUUCUUUUCUCUCUUGGCGCUUCAGGAUGUACUGUAAUGUUUGCAUCUCGACGCUCCGCGACCGCCGUUGGGGGCUCGAUGAGAGCUAUACGGGCGCAACGCUUGCCCAUCAUCAAACCUAUUCUUCGUUGAAGUCGUCGGCGGCUUUUUGUGCAAUCUGUAACACUCUGUGGGAAAAGGUGUCCCGCCUGCCGACUGGACUCGGCGCCAUGGUCGAGGACUGGAUUGCGAAGGGCGAUAAUGAGCCACCGCCCAAAGUGCUGCCCGACUUUGCGCUUACAGUUCGCAAAGGAAAAUGGUAUUACGCCACAACUUUAUCGCUUGUCAAGAACGAAGAUGCCGCCGCUGCGAGAGUAUCCCACGCUAGAUUCUGUAUCGAGGUGCGUUUCUUGGUCCCACCCACGGCGGCGCACCUGGAAGAGUUAUCGACUUGGGGAGAUUAUAGGUGCAAGUUUGAUCUGGUGAAUUUUGAUGACAGCCCAACCAACCUUUCCCAAUUUGAUGAUAACACUUUUGCCGCAUCCCCAAGAAGUAUAGCAACAUCUUGGAUCAAAGAGUGUGUUUCAAGUCACCCAUUAUGUCUCCAGGCCGGAGCCGUAGGCACAAGAUGGCUCCCAACCCGCCUCAUUGACGUUGUGCACCAAGGGGAAAUUGACAGCGUGCGUCUGGUCACAACUGCCAGCGAGCCGGCUCUUCUAGGGUCAUUUGCUCGAUAUGCUACUCUUAGUCACUGCUGGGGCACAUCCUCAUUUUUGACUCUAACCAAGUCUCGAUUCAGUGCUUUGUCUCGAGGUAUUCCACUUGGGAAUUUACCCAGAACAUUCCAGGAAGCUAUCAUCGUAUGUCGCCAUCUAGAAGUUCCCUACAUCUGGAUUGACUCAUUAUGUAUCGUCCAAGAUGACAUGGAGGACUGGCUUUCUGAGUCGAUGAAAAUGAAAAGCGUGUACGCCAAUGGUUUUAUCAAUAUUGCCGCCAGCGCCUCCAAAGACAGCUCGCAGGGCCUUUUCCGUCAGCGAGAUCCCAGCCGCAGCACUGCUCAGCAUCCGCUGGAUAUAGAUUUCCAGGGGAUAAGAGACGUGGAUGUAAAAGAAACAAGAAAGGAUAAAGAGCGGCCAGUAUCAACAAAAGGAGGCAAGCGACUGCAUAGAUGCAUCCUCGUAUCCCGGGAUGAAUGGCUGAGCAACGUGGAACAAAGCACCCUCGCCAUGCGGGGCUGGGUCCUCCAGGAGCAACUUUUGUCGCCCAGAAUCUUGAUUUUUGGCACUCGUCAGAUCUAUUGGCAAUGCUUUCAGAGGCUGAGUAGUGAGGAGGGAACUCCCAUGAUUCGAGGGAGGUGGGACAUGGACAUCAAAAAGGCUUUUGGCCGUGAGCUCAAAGGUCAUGAUUCUGGAGGACAACAAGAAGAAACAAAAAGGCUCGUCGCUUUAUGGGCCAAGAUUGUCCAAGUUUACUGUCGCACGCAGCUCACAAAGCCUACGGAUUGUCUGGUAGCCCUGUCAGGUCUGGCCAAGGCAUUCUUGCAGAAGCUGCCGCAAGAUGAAUACCUAGCCGGAAUGUGGCAGAGCAACCUGCUCCAAGAUCUUGUCUGGCAGUGCUCCGUUUCCAAGGUUGACUAUUCCGCUGCCGUUGACUCGUCUUCAACAUCGCCAAGUCUUGGACAAAUCGAGUAUUGCGCUCCAACCUUCUGCUGGGCUUCGGUGCCCCUGCCUUCUGCGAUCAAGUUCAUAGACACAGAAGAAGGGCUUCCCAGAGCAUUUUACUUUACAGUCCUGGACUUGGAAUUAAAGCAUAAAACCUUGGACACCACUGGCCUUGUUAGCAGUGGCCAUUUGGACAUUCAAGCCAAGUUAUUAAGGGUUCGAUUGUACUCAAAUGCUACGCCUGCCGUAUCAAAGUUGGGCCCGGGGCCAGUGCCUGUCAAGAUCGAUUUUGGGCCUGAUGACACUGAUCCUACUGACCGAUCUGACGAAUGCCUACUUGUUAGUUUCGAUCGCGCCUUCGAGCUUCCUAGUGAGGCCUGCCGGAUCAGGCGAUUUACAAGAUCCAGCGGACUGGAUAUCCGAUACGCGCGGCUUGCCAGGUGCGCCUAUUCCAAAUCGGGGACGGAGUGGUGAGCAGUAUAUCCUUCGAAUUAUCUAGCAGCUAGUCUAGUACUACUUUAUCUACCCCUUGUUUGUGUACUUUG